GGGGCGCGGCGCGGCGGGCACGCAGCGGGGCCCCAGGCGGAGCGGUGGCGCGGACUGUCCUUAGGCCGGGAGGGACGGGGCCCGGGCGGCCGCACCAUGGACUCGGGCGCCGAGGAGUACGAGCUCAACGGCGACCUGCACCCAGGCUCCCCCGGCUCUCCGGGCGCCUCGCCACCUCACUGGGGACGGAAUCGGCCCAUCAACGUGAACCACUAUGCCAACAAGAAGAGUGCAGCUGAGAGCAUGCUGGACAUCGCAUUGCUGAUGGCCAACGCCUCCCAGCUGAAGGCCGUCAUCGAGCAGGGCCCCAGCUUUGCCUUCUUUGUACCCCUAGUGGUCCUCAUCUCCAUCUCCCUGGUGCUGCAGAUCGGCGUGGGCGUCCUGCUCAUCUUUCUGGUCAAGUAUGACCUCAACAACCCUGCCAAGCACGCCAAGCUGGAUUUCCUCAACAACCUGGCCACGGGCCUGGUCUUCAUUAUUGUUGUGGUCAACAUCUUCAUCACUGCCUUUGGCGUCCAGAAGCCCCUGGUGGAUGUGGCCUCUCAGCAGUAGGGGCUCAGGUGUCCGGAUCCAGUGAACUUGGCCUGCAGCUCUGCACCUGCUGGCAGGAGUGUUAGAGGCGUAUGGCCUCAUAGCACUUGUCCACCAAUAUCCAUCAUUGCUGUCUAGGUCCCAGGCAGCAUCAAUCUUGACAGUACUGAGGAGAUUGGAGCACCGCUGAUGGCGAAGCUGGCUUCCAGGCUGGCUGCCUCUCUUCCUCCUCUCCUUCCUCACAUCUCCCUGGCCCGCAUCUCCUGGACCUUCAGCCAAUCUUCUAGACUGCACAUGAGGACACACUGGGCUGUGUCCUGGAAGCUUCUCUGGACCAUGGUGAAAGGCCUGUGAGGCAGACAAGACCUGAGGACACUGGCCAGAGCCGGGACAUGAGGAAUAGGGCAGGCUGUGAUCUCAGGACAUUUUCAAAGAGACAAGGACACCACCACUUCACCCAGUGUAGUGUGUGAGACAAACCUGGGAACCCGCCUCUCCAUUCCUGAUGCCUUCUUGGUCCCCGCUGUGGCCGCUAAUCUGUGCCUCAUGCCUGGGCUGGGCAGCCCCAAGCCCUAGUCCUAUCACAUACCCUCCACCAGCACUUAGGGGCAGUGCCACCCCUCCUUGGGGGCCGAGCCCCAGUUUUCUAAGUAUGAGUGACCAAUAAAGCUGAUGCUUUUUCUGUGCA